AUGCGUUCUUUCUUAGCCGGUGGUGUUGUGGCCCUCAGCUCUCUCUUCGGAGUCGCUGCGGCCGGCACCAACUCCUCUGCGUACACCGACUCCGCCUCGGGAAUGGAGUUCCAAAGAUGGUGCGAUGAUGACACUGGCUUCUGUUUCGGUAUUGCUCUGCCUGAGACCGUCAAGUCCGACUUCAUCGGUCAGUUGGACGUGCCGCUUUCCAACUCCAAGGGAUGGGGUGGUGUUAGUUUGAUGCCGUCCAUGUUGUCGUCUCUUAUGAUCGCUGCUUGGCCCAAUGGUGACAGUGGAGUUGCAACUAUCCGUAAAACCACUUCCUACGCCAACCCGGAUGUCUUCGACGGAGAUGCCAGCGUUGUUGAGAUCCCUGAUGCCACUUCCGUGAACAGCACCCACCUCACCUAUACCUUCCUUUGCAGCGGCUGUAUUCUAGGAUCCCCCUCGACCUUCACUGCCGAUUCCGAUACCUACUUCUUCGGCUGGGCUUUGAGUAAGACAAACCCUACUACUCCUAGCUCUCCCUCUUCGAAGCUCCAGUACCACGCCGCCGGUUUCGGUACCAUGGAGAUGCUCCUGUCCGAAGCCAAGUCCUCCAAGUACUCUACCUGGGCUUCCAAGGCCAAGUCGACCAGCACCUCGGGAUCCAACAGCGCUGCCUCUUCGUCGGCUGCUUCUUCGACUGCCAGCAAGAGCGCCGCUCCCAGUGUCAAGCCUACAAUCUCCAGCUCGACCUAUGACUACAUUGUUGUCGGAGGUGGUCCCGCUGGUAUAAUUGCUGCUGAGCGGUUGGCCGAGACCAAGAAGAGUGUUCUGUUGAUUGAGCGUGGUGCUGCCUCUACUGUACCAACCGGUGCCAAUGACACGCUUUCUUGGAACGACACUCUGACUGCUUACGAUGUCCCCGCCUUGGGCAGCUCUAUCUCCUCCCUUGGUCUGCUGGGCGACUACCUCUGCGAUGACACCGCUGGCAUGGCUGGUUGUGUUCUCGGCGGUGGCACCAUUAUCAACGCCAUGUCAUACAUCUACCCCCAGAGUGCUGAUUUCGACGACAAGUGGCCUUCUGGCUGGAAGUGGAACGACAUCCAGGAUGCCGCCAAGCGCAUGUAUGAGCGUAACCCCGGUAGCAUGCUUCCCUCCGCCGAUGGCAAGAGAUACGACCAGGGCUUGUACACUGUUCUCUCCAAGUUCUUCAGUGGACUGGGCUGGAAGUCUGUCAGCUCGCAGGAGCAGCCCAAUGAGAAGCACCAGGUUUUCAGUUACCCAUCUUGGUCCGUUGGUAACGGAAUCCGUGCUGGGCCUGUGCGCACCUACCUUCCUCUUGUUGAGGAUCUUGACAACUUUACUCUCCGCCUCCACACCAAGGUCCGUCGUGUUAUUCGCAGCGGAGGCAAGAUCACUGGUGUGGAGGUUGACACUGCCUCGGGUGGCAUUGAGAUUAUCAACGUCAACGCCGGUGGUAAGGUGAUUCUCGCUGCUGGUUCCAUGUCUACUCCCCGUGUCCUGUUCAACUCUGGUAUCGGACCUGUCAAGCAGAUCCAGACUGUUAAGAACGGAAAGACUGGAAUUACUCUUCCUGCCCAGAAGGACUGGAUCAGCCUUCCUGUUGGAUACAACCUCAAGGACCACCCCAUGUUCACUGUUACCGUCAACACCAACAGCAACUUCACCCACUUCAACACCUCGAGUGUCAUCCCCGGUCCGAAUGAAGUUGUCCAGAAGCUCUUCGCUCAGGGCUCCGGUGCUAUGACUCAAGGUGGUCACCGUUUGCAGUUCUGGACUUCCAACGUGGGAAGUGACGGCAACACUCGCUACUACCAGGGAUCUUGCAGCACUAGCGAAGACGGCGUUAUUACCAUGAAGCUGUAUCUGACCCACGGAGCUACCUCCUCUGGUGUUUUGGGCAUCGACGCUUCUGGAUCGACUGUUAUUCAGUCCGACCCGUGGCUCCAGACCGAUGCUGACAAGCAAGGUGUCACUGAGUUCCUUAACGAGCUGAUCAGUGGCUUUAAGAACUCUACCGACGGCUUCUACAUGCCGGACUACAGCACUGCCUCUGAUAUUAUCGGCGGAAAGACCAGUGGUGACCACUUUGUCGGAACCACCAAGAUGGGUACUGAUGACGGCCGUCGCAACGGAUCUUCGGUUGUUGACACCAACGCCAAGGUCUACGGUACUGAGAACUUGUUCGUCGUCGACGCCAGUAUCCACCCCGACCUUCCCACCGGUAACACCCAGGCGAUCGUCCAGAUCGCCGCCGAGGCCGCCGUCGCCAGAAUCAUCAAGCUGGGCAAGUCCAGCGCCGCCGUUUCUAGCGUCGCUGCUUCUUCCCCCGCCGUGAACACUGCUUAUGCUCCUUCUUCGACUGUGGCUCCUGUCACCCCCAACGCCGUCACCGUCACCUCGACUGCCUGGACAACCACCACUGAUGUUGUCACUGUCACCCAGAAGAGCACCACCACUGUCACGGCAUCUUCUCUGAACUUUUCCUAA